CAUGGAACAAAAAUAAAGGAAAGUAUUAUUGAGUAUGUUGGUGUAGUCUGUGCACAGAUCCUUGUAAAACUGAUCUUCUAUCAGUCUUUAUCUCCAGGAUUAACAGCCGCUGUAAGAUCCACUCACUGCAUGUGCAGCAGCGGCUGAUACAUUUUCCUCUGAACUGAUUCGUCCUGGAAGUGUUUCGCAGCGUAUCAUUACAAGACCGCGGAGAGCAAACAGCUGAUUCCUGCUGCAGACUGAUAAAGACACAGAUGUGCUGUCUCUGGCUGAUACCAGAGCUGCUCACCUGAAUCUCAUUGUGACGCCCGGCUGAGCCCGGUGGGGCCGAGCGUCCAUCAUUUCCUGGAUGUUUUCACAGGAGGAGAGGAGGCCUUUAAAUUCAGCGUGUGGUGCAGUACACGGAGUAAGUCUGCCCUCUGCUGACUGUUACACAGACACUUCAAUGAGCCCAGAGAAAUGCAGCUCACACAACAGCAUAAGAAGAAGAAAAAGUCAAGAACAGGAACAAGUGAUCUGCAGUGAGAUGGAAGUGUAGCCACCAGAACUACCACAAAGUCACUGUGAAGAAGUUCAAGGAGACAUGUAAUGUACAUACGUGAUAAACACAUGUAAUAGGGAGAGAAUUGACCAUCACUGAAGAUAAACUGACCCGUGCUGUGAUCUUCUCGUGUCCAGAUCACUGCACCCAAGGUUUGACUGGAUAAUCUAAAACAAACAUUGUCGCUCUGCAGCUGAAAUCCAGCUUCACUUCACAGGAUUCAUUCAAAACAAGAUGGAAACGUCUCUUAGAUGCUCAGAUCAUGUUCCUCUCUGCCUCACACACACACUACUGAACAUACGGUGAAGCCGUUAACGAUAAUUAUUCACCGAAGAUUUGGAACAAACCGUCACGAGAUGUUAGACGUACAUCCUCCGCUCAUAACUCACUUUUAAAUACAUUUUAUUCUCUUAUCAUUUCUUGUCCUUAUAUUUUCUGUUUUUAAGCCUCAGUUGUUCUUCAGCUGCAUUUUAUGCUUUGAAAGGUGCAAAAUAAAUGAAAUCAGAUAAAGUCGGAUCACAUGUAAUCAGAUCAUGUAUCAAAAUGUCAUGUUUGAUAAUAUCAUAGUUGUAUUUGGAUAGAUUAUUUUAUAUCUUUAAAAGAUUUUACGUUAUUAAACAGAUUGAAACAAUUAUAGUUAACUAAUGGAAUCAUCCGACGUACAGAUGUGUUCACGUAGAAUACACAUACGUUUGUUUUUAGACAAUUUAAUUCAAUGUAAGUGCCGAAUUUACAAAAUGCAUUUUAUUCACAUUAGAACAUUUAUUUCAGGACCAAAGCGAGAAUUAACGAAGGUGUGAAUUAUUACUGUGUAAUACUCAGUGUUUUAUAGUAAAUGGGAAGUUUUUAAUUCACACUCCGGAGCUCAAGGUGGCGCUGUCGAGUCCCCGCCCACAGGAGGCAGCUGGCCCUUUAAGACUCCCUCCGUUGCCUUGGUUACAUUAGCAUUAGCAUGUCAACAUCUCCAGGCUCCUCCGUCGCUCUCUCCCCGGUCUCCUGGACGGUAACCCACCGAGUCUCCUCCGUGAUAAACUCAGAAGAUGAGCGGCAGCACUGACGAGGUCCAGGCCGUGACCUGCACCAUCAAACCUCCGGUCUACCUGCAGAUCGGAGAAACCCCAGCAGAUGCAGCUCACUCUGGGAUCUGUGUGGUGGACGUCUCCCUCCCAUUUGGAAAACCCGUCCGUAUUGAGGAAAUCACCUUUAAGAAUUACUACACAGCCUCUGUGAGUGUGCGCUUGUUGAGGAGGGGCCCCGGACAGGAGGCCCCCGCCAAGUGGUGCACGGCUCUGAGAGACCUGUCGCUAAUGAACAACCCCCACACCGAGGGGGGCUCCCAAGACUACUAUUCCAUCCACAGGACUCAGAUGAUGGUGGAGCCUGAUCAUGUGGUGUCUGUGCGACUGAUCCUGAGACAGCCGUCUUCCGCCUGGUUGACCUUCAGCCUUGAAGACAUCAAAAUAUUCCCCCACACGGAGCCGGACCCAGAGAAGGAGGUUUCUGAUUGGCUGUCUGACCUGACCCUGGCCGACCAACACUCCGACCUGGAGGGCCUCCCCGACCCUCAGACCGUCUCAUCAAGCAUCCAGCAGAUGUGGGCUCUGACUGAGGUGAUGCAGACCAAUCAGACGACAGCGUGCAUUGGACGAUUUGAUGUGGACGGAUGCUACGAUAUCAACCUGCUCUCUCUGACGUAACGUCGUCAUCGAGCUCUCGCCUGCAUGGGAAGUUCACUUUAUGGAAAACAACAGUUAUAGAAGGAAUAACUUUGAAGACGUAUAAAAACUACUGUGUAAUGGAGAACACCUUCAGAGAGAAACAAGAAGUUUCAUGUUGUAUGUUACACUGAUGAGAAGAAUCAGACAUCUGCUUUGUUCUAUUCAUUUAACUCUGAUGUUAAAAUACAUGUUUACUGUGAAAUGACGUCCUGUAUGUUCUGAUCAUAACACUCAACACUUACUUUGGAAAGAGGAGCGUGUUAAACAUAACUCAUUUCUUUUUCAUUAUUUUCAGUGUUUGUAUUAACUGUAAUUAUUUAUCGAAGUGAGUAAACCUCAGUGAGAAACCCAGCUGUCGUCCUGCAGCGUGUCUGUAAUCUUCUCAUAAAAAGUAAUCUGAUUACUGCCACUGACUCAC